CUCCAUAUCUGUAUAAAAGCCAUCGGCUGUGUUGUGUUAAUACCAAAGUAUGUUCGCUUAGAUGAAGUGUGGCCAAUCCCAUUAAUUGGUAUCACCCGUAUUAUGAAUGCAAUUCAAGACUAACCACAUUCAUCAUCCAAUCCCCUCACCCAUCUUCUUAAUGACUCCCAUUCCAUCCAGCUCCAGCUAGUCUGCUACUGUGUGCCUCCUCACCUUCCUUGCCACCCUCUCUCUAUAUAUUUCAUCUCCCUCUUCGCCACAUUCAUUAUCCCCCAACCUACUCUAACCAAUACACCCAGCUUUUUCUUCAUUGUAAGAGACAUUGUUGUUAUUUUUUUAUAUAACAAUGGCUAGUCCUGGUCCAAGUACUAGUACUAGCAAUAAUAUAGACAUGAAACAGGAGAGAUUAACAGCAGAGUUGGCCGUGAAAGACUCGUCGUCGGUAGUGAUCAAGAUCAAGCAACGCCUCCCGGACUUUCUCCAGUCCGUUAAGCUCAAAUACGUCAAGCUGGGAUACGGCACGGGGUACCGUUUUAACCCCGUCGCCGCGCUUCUCGUGUUUCUUCUUGUGGUGGUUCUGCCUCUGUUCCUCGCCACUCAUUUAACCGCCAAUGACUUCUCGUUUCACCACCCUCAGAUCCGGGCCUGGAGCAGCCCCAUUCUCGAGACGCUCGAUACUGCGGUCAUGGCUUCUCUGGCGAUCCUGUUCUUGUUUUUACUCGGAGUUUACUGGGCCAAGAGGCCCCGGCCUAUUUAUCUCGUCGACUUCGCGUGUUAUAAACCCGAAGAUGCGAGAAAAAUGUCGAAUGAAGCGUUUAUAAAGAUGAGUGAUGAUUGCGGUGAAUUUGGUGAGGAGAUGGUUCAGUUUCAAAGACGCUUGGCUAUGCGGUCUGGGCUAGGCGACGAGACUUAUUUGCCCGCGGGAAUUACUUCCAGGCCGCCUAAUUUGAACAUGGCGGAGGCGCGCGCUGAGGCUGAGGCGGUUAUGUUUGGAGCACUCGACUCUCUAUUUCAGACAACUGGCCUUAAACCGAAUGAUAUCGGUAUUCUGAUAGUGAAUUGUAGCUUGUUUAAUCCGACUCCGUCUCUGACCUCCAUGAUCGUGAACCAUUACAAGCUGAGGAGCGAUAUUAAGAGCUUCAAUCUUGGUGGGAUGGGAUGCAGCGCAGGCGUGAUCUCAGUUGAUUUAGCGAAACAGCUCUUGCUAAAAGCGAACCCUAACUCGUAUGCUGUGGUUGUGAGUACUGAGAACAUUACGCUUAAUUGGUAUUUCGGUAAUGACAAGUCGAUGCUUCUUUGUAAUUGUCUGUUCCGAAUGGGGGGCGCGGCCUUGUUGCUCUCCAACAAGCCCCGUGACAGGGCGCGGUCAAAGUAUGAGCUGGUUCACACUGUCCGGACUCAUAAAGGUGCAGAUGAUCGUUGUUACAAUUGCGUGUAUCAGAGAGAGGAUGAUCAGGGCACCAUCGGUGUUUCCCUUGCCCGUGAACUAAUGGCUGUGGCCGGAGAUGCACUCAAGACUAAUAUAACCACAUUGGGGCCUCUGGUGCUUCCGUUCACCGAACAAUUGAUGUUUUUCCUCACUUUGGUACGAAAGAAAGUGUUUAAGGCCAAUGUGAAGCCUUAUAUACCGGAUUUCAAGCUGGCGUUUGAGCAUUUCUGCAUACACGCGGGAGGAAGGGGAGUGCUUGAUCAGGUGCAGAAGAAUUUGCAGCUCGGAGAUUGGCAUAUGGAGCCCUCGAGAAUGACACUCCACCGCUUUGGCAAUACCUCCAGCAGUUCAUUAUGGUACGAAUUGGCCUACUCGGAGGCCAAAGGGAGAGUUUUGGGCGGGGAUCGAGUCUGGCAGAUUGCCUUCGGAUCAGGAUUCAAGUGUAACAGCGCUGUUUGGAGGGCCUUGAGGAACAUUCCGGCCUCGCAGAGCCAGAACAAUCCCUGGGCUGAUUCCAUUAACUGUUAUCCCAUCAAAGCCGAAUCCCCGGCCACAAUGCAGGCUCUAUAGUCUUAUACAUUCACAUCCUGGCCGUAUAUACGUGAAAAUUAUUAUUGUUUUCAAUUGCUGAUUAAUUACUGUGUGUUCAUCUGUUUUCCUCCUACUAAAAGUAAAUAUGCUACUGCGGUUCGUGCACAUGCAAAUGCACUUUCCAACCAAAUUUGAUGUAAAUGCAUGGUUUGAAUAGCGCGCAAUUGACAAUUAAUCAAAUUGAUUGUUGCAAGUGUGAAGCUAGUAGCAGAUGAUGAUAUUGAAAUAUAUUUAAUGAUGUAUUGCCCCAA